CGGAGCGCUCGAUUAAUCCCGACCACCCCAACAGCUUCCUCUCCACCAAUUUACCCCGACGAUUGCAUUUCCGUUUCCUGCAUUUCCUGGACAACGUCGUCAAUGCGGGCGCAUAAAAGCUCCAGGUGAACGUAUAAUCGCGCAGUGAUACAAACAUGUCUGCCGAGAGAAUAGUUCCCCAGUGACAGAAAUGACCUCGGUAAUAAUUUUAUAAAUAAUCCCCGGAAAAAGCUCUCGUUGUCUCGAAAAAAUUGUGCAUUUUUUCGUGUCGUUUCGCCUACGCGGCGCGCGAUAGCGCACGAAAUGAAGAGGAUAGUUCGUGUUUUACGGAUUUCAGGGGUCGGUGAUUCGGUCAGUGAUGCCGUAGUCAAGGAGACCGCAGGGCAGUAGACAACUGACAUUCUGAACCGGUCGUCUCGUUUUGUUACUCGUGAAAUUAAUUAAAACUCGAUGUGUUUAUUUUCCACAAGUGCAUGAAGUUAUCGUGAUUAUUUGUCGUGUUUCACUGGGUGACAGACAGACGUCGUCACACCCGGAGGACAAUCAGUGGACGAGAGUGGACGAAUAACAAAAAUAAUUGGGGGAAUAACAUUUUUUUUAGUCCAGUGGACAAACCCUCAGGGGGGCGUCUGAGUUAAUAAAAGGACGGUGGAACAGCCGGAGGUGAGAGGCCCUUUACAUCAAACCGUGAAGGCGACUGUAAUAUUGCGAAUAGCGGGACAAUCGAGGGACUCAUUGCCAUGACUACAACUGGAGCUCAGUACGCUUUAGCAGCAUCCACAACAGCCAGCCAUGGCGGGGGUAAUUCUACGGUUGUAGAGGCGGAUAGCAAACCGAGCGUUGUCGUUGUCACAACUUCAAGUACAAGUGCAAGUGGUAGUGUUGCACAGAGCCAAGGAGCAAGGGGUCAACUCAUCACUGUUGUCACUAGUCCUGAUCCGUCUAAUAGUAAUAAUCUACAGCCGAUACAGUUGGUGGUGCAAGAUCCAUUGGAAACAGCAGCAGACUCGUCUAAUGGUUCAUCAGGUACAGCAGCCCACGUAACAGCACAAGUUGUGGUGAAUACAACACACUCGGGACAACAUACCCUGAUUGACUCGGACGUUGCUUCCACAUCGACUGGGACUAUUGUCAGUGGAUCGCCUCACUAUAUCACAGUAACAGUGUCAGGUGACGCUGAAGCUGUGGGGUCUGAAUCGGGAUCCCAUCCAACAUAUGUUCAAUACGUCCAGGGAGAUGGCUCAACUUAUAAUCUUGCUAAUGGAGAGAUGACAUAUCCAGUGUAUGCUGUCGGCGAGGCAGGAGCCAUGUACACCCCGGCCUCGAGUCAGUAUUACACGUCAGCAACAACACCUGUGACUUAUGCACAAGUAUCUGGCCAAGGCUCAAACACAACAACAAAUCAGCUUUUAUCCCAGGGUAAUGGCACGUACCUGAUACAACAGAGUGUAGUCGAUGGAGAUCCAGCGACUCACGCUCUGAUAUCAGCCGCAACGGCCCGGGGGAGUCCCCAGACCGAGAGUGCGGACGCUGUGGUUAGCGGGGGUGGAGGGGCAUACUUGAUCAGUGGUAAUGCUGGAGGGACUGCUAUCAACGUGGAUGAGGCCGCAACAGCGGCCAACAUGACGCAUGCCACUAGGGUCUCGCAGGCCACCGUGCAAUGGCUCCUGGAGAAUUACGAGACAGCAGACGGCGUGUCACUGCCCCGUUCCACCCUCUACAAUCACUACCUCCGUCACUGUUCGGAGAACAAAUUGGAUCCAGUGAACGCAGCUAGUUUUGGAAAACUGAUACGUUCAGUGUUUCUGGGAUUAAGAACACGGCGUCUAGGCACAAGGGGCAACUCCAAGUACCACUACUACGGCAUCCGAGUGAAGCCAAACUCCCCCCUGAUCCUCCUGAACGAUGACGGAACGUCCCGUCAACAGACAUCAGCCAACAAUCAGACAAAGCGCUUCAAGUUCUCGAAUCAGAAGCAAGAGUCCUCGUACGACAGCAACAGCCACGGAGCCGUCAGCAUAACAUCAAACACGACAACCCCCCAGUAUCACCAGUACCUCGGCGAAGCUAGUGGAGCAAUUCCCGAUUUUCCCGAGAUCGUCGUGAGCCACGGCUCAUCCCUACCCGAGGAUUGCACCCUGGAGGACAUCGACACCUUCAGAAGCAUCUACCGAGAGCACUGCGAGGCCUUUCUCGAUGCUGUUCUCAAUUUUGAAUUUGGAACUGUCGAGAGCCUGUGGAGGGAGUUCUGGCGCAGUCAGGACAACAACAAUGGUGACGAGUGCGAGGAGGAGAAGUACCUAUCUAAAACAAAACUCUAUCAGAUGUGCAAGUGCGGUGAAGUCCAGGAGUUCAUAAAAACCGUUGACUACACGUUCUAUCAAAAUCUGGUGGAGGUGCUCAUGCCUGAUGUGCUGAGGCCCAUUCCCAGCACUCUUACACAAUCGAUAAGGAAUUUUGCCAAGGGACUGGAGUCCUGGCUGACGACAGCUAUGAACGACUGCCCCGAGGAGAUGAUGCAGAUCAAAUUGACAGCUGUUUCUGCUUUUGCACAGACACUCAGGCGCUAUACAUCGCUGAAUCAUCUCGCUCAAGCUGCCAGGGCUGUUCUGCAGAAUUCUAGUCAAAUUAAUCAGAUGCUGGCGGAUUUGAAUAGAGUGGAUUUUCAUAAUGUGCAGGAACAGGCUUCGUGGGUCUGUCAGUGUGACUACACAGUGGUCCAGCGCCUGGAGGCGGAUUUUAAGAUGACGCUCCAGCAGCAGAAUUCACUGGAGCAGUGGGCAGUUUGGUUAAAGAGUGUUGUAACGCAGGUACUCAAGCCUUACGAGGGAAAAACAACGUUUGCCAAAGCCGCCCGACAAUUUCUCCUCAAAUGGUCAUUCUACAGUUCAAUGGUAAUUCGUGACCUGACACUCAGAAGUGCUGCGAGUUUCGGCUCAUUCCACCUGAUUAGAUUGCUCUACGACGAAUACAUGUUUUACUUAAUCGAGCAUCAAGUUGCUGUCGCCACUGGAACAACUCCAAUCGCUGUCAUGGGAGACAAAAAUCAAACUUGUCAGAUGCUCAACACCUUUGGUACAGCGUCAAACGGAGAUGCAUCGAGCCCCAACACACCAAAACGCAUGAAGAUGAGCUAACUGAGAGCAGACACCCUGUAGAUAACGUAAAACAACAGAGUCUCUCACAACGCAGAACAGAUUGAACUCAUGCAGGCCUACAGUGUUGAAUUUAGUUCAAUAAAUUAUUAUUUUUGAUAUAAACUGAACGAAGAGUUGAUGAAAAAUUUAACGAGACAUUUGGCUCAUCCCCGAAUUAAUGUGAAUGAUAAAUCAAUCAGUCGUAAGUACGUGUGAUAGGUGUAGAUUAUAAAUUACUUCUGAAUUAGUGAUAACAUCAAAAUGAAUAAUCUAAUGAAUAAUAGUGAUGAUUUCUCAUUUUCUAGAAUCUAGUGGGCAAUUUUUAUUUGCAGAUAACGAUUUCACGAUAAUUUUUUAAGAGAACAAAAUUGAAAAUAUAAGUAUAAUAAGUCAACUAAAAAUUCAAAUGUUAAUAAUUAUGCCUAUAGAAUUUUUAAAUAAUGAAAUAUCUAGUCGGAUUUCGUAAUGUCAUUGAAAUGUCCGAGUUUAUGAGUUAAAGUGUCCGUGAGAAAAACUCCAACCAGGCAAAGAACCAAAAAAAUAAUAGAAAUGUUGAUAUACGAGAGGUAAUUAACGAAAUAAUGAAUAAUGUAUAGAUAAAUUGUCUUCAUUGGAGUGAUCCUUAUUCACCCGUCCUUGCACAAAUUGUGAAUUGAAGUGUGGUUAAAACACACUCACUCAUUGAUUAAUAUUAUACAUAGGGUAUAACAAAAACAAAAAAUGAAUUUGAAUGAAAACGAUGAGAAAUUGAUUGAUUAAUUAUUACGACGAGUCACGAGUAGGAUUAGAUAGUUUAUUAAUUGCUGGUGUACGUACACUCACUGGUAGAUUUAAUGAAAUUUGUUGGACAGAAAGGAUCGGGCAAUUCAAUAUUUUUUAUGACAGUUUACGCUUUAAAUUUUCGUAAUUUUCGGGGGAAUGAGAAAAACGAGUCAUCUUCAGUCGUCAAUAUCUCGGGACUGGCAGAGUGAAUUUGGACCAUUUUUUCAUCACUUUGAGGGGAAUUUCUCAAGCUUGAAAUUGAAAAAAAAAUUGUCGAUUUCGGAUCGUCAGGUCACGAGAUAUUGGAGAUUUUUGGGAGGACGCAUCUUGAGCUUCUUGACGUAGAAUCCCUUUGAGUUUAACAUUACCUAGAUAUACUUUUCCAAUAGCAGAGGAGAUUCUAUAUUCAACGACGAACAAACAUAGAUAUAACGCAUGUGUUUGUUUAAACUUAAGGUAUAAUCAAUGUUGAGUGUAUAAAUUUCAGUCGAUACCGAGUGUUUAUUCAUUUAAUUACCGAAUAUCAUUUGAGACCAACAACAACAACUGUAAAACUUCAAUAUGCAAUUGCUGCUGUUAAUUUACAACGAAUGAAAGUCGCUCUGAAGAAAUUGAACGAGACAUCUCAUCACUUGAAUUAAAAAAAAAAAAUAAAGAAAAGACUGAUAAUUGUGAGCAUGAAAAAUCGAAAAGCAAAAAUCCAGGAUAUUUAUUUUAUUUAAUUAUUAUCUAUACUUUGAUUUUUCGUAAAUAUUCAAUUGCUGAGCGUUCAAUCCUUUUAGUUUUUUUUUUCCAGUCCAUCAGAGACACUCGACUACUAGUCAGAUAAUUAAGGCAUAAUGACAGACAAGUCAUCCUCUCCUCUAGGUAAAUUGAAGGAUUAUUUGAGGGAGUGAAGUAGUCAGCACAGGGAUAUUCCAUAAUUGUAAUGAGCUUAUAAGUGUAAAGAAAUGAUGAAAAAAACUAUUGAUACCUAAGUGUACCUCCUACAUAUGACAAUUGCGUAUUUUACUAGUAAAUUAUAAGAUUAUUAUCGAUUAAUUGGAGUGAUUAACGAGGAUGAGAGGUAAUUGCCAGGAAUAUACUCCACAUUCCUACCACAAAAUGAUGAAUUAUCGAGUUAAUUGUAUCUAUCAGUUCCACGAGCACAGCUUUACUAGACUAUGUUGUUCAUUGAUUUGUCACAUUAAAAUGCAAUACUAAAUAAACAAAAAUAUUGUUGGAGAGGAUAGUGUAUUUUCGGGGAGUUGGAGGAAUUUUUCUUUCCAAAUGUUUUUUUUACUGUAAAAAGAGAGAGUUUCUACUUGAUUUGAGAUUUAUGAAGUUGAGUUGCAUUAAAAUUUAUUCUACUACAGCUACUAGACUUGAUUUUGUCAUAUUUUUUGCUACUGAAGUAUCUUGGAGUGAAAUAAUUCUUUGAAUUAUAUAAAUACAGAUUGAAAUAUUAAUAUUCGGUAGUGGAUUAGUUGAGCCUUCAGUUUUUUUCUGAAUAUCUACGAAGAAAUCCUCACUACUGAAGAGAAUACGAAAGAAAACGGCCUUAAUCUAUUGAAAAUAUCUCACUAUCACGAUGUAAUGACGAUUUUAAUGAUUUAACUAAUUCAAAAUUCAAUUUCCUAUUUCAUAAUGCAACGGAUCUUGUCAGCCUUCCAAUAAAACAAAGAAAAAAAACGUGAAGAAUAGAGAAUCCAUGAGAUAGUGAAAUAAACAAAUUCUGAUGUACUUCAAUGGAGGUUUUUCCGUGUACAGCGUAUGAAAGAAUGAGGAAUAUUUUAAUACAGUUUCAUAACUCGUCGAAUUGAGUAAUAGAAGUAUUAUCCACUCGCAUAGAAUUAUUUUUAUCAAACACAAAACCAAAUGCAGCUCAAAAUCUAGCCAUCAGUGGCAUAUUGAGAUAACGAGAAGAGGGACAAAAUCGAAUGUACUGUGUUGUUUAUUUAAAACGAAUGUAAGAAAUAUGUUUGUGGAAAUAUUGUGAAUGUGAGUAUUGCAACAUGGUAAAAUCGUAUGUUACAAAUAUACGUUUACAAAUGUAA